GGAAACAUCACCGAAACUUCGGCGUUAAGACCACAACCCCGAGAUCUCCAUACUAAUGGUAUCCCAGAGUCAACUAUAUACCUAGCUAUAGUCAUAGUUAGUCAUUAUCCAAACAGCAUCGCCGUUCUAUACUGUAGGUACAUUAUGAUAUAAGCUUUCCGCCUCGGGAGCGGAAAGGAGUAUUACGAGGGAGAGCAAGAAGCAAGGAACUCCAAGUUAACUAUGGGGCCUCUUUUCUGAUGCGUAGGGGUUUUGGAAGAUGAGUUGAUAUGCUGCUGGAAAGCCACCUUACAUCAAAUUUCCCCUCCAAAUAUCUAUGGUCUUUAUUUAAGACUACGGCGGCUCCGGAUGCCUUAAAACCCGAAAUACUUCACGACCUAUGCUCCUGAUACCACGGUAUUGCCAUGCGACCAUUAUAUGCUCAUGGCUCUCGUCGCGCCGAGGGGAUUACUCGUGAUUGAGAAUUCCGGCAUCAACUAUCUCGGACCCAUCAGCACACACGGCUGUUCGAUCGCUGCUCGGAUGGUAUACGAGAGCCUCGGUGUUAAAUACGCGAUGGGAAUAUCGCAGGCCUCGCACGGCCAACUCGCACUGCUAGAUGCCUAGCUCGUAGAAUUCGGAGGUUGCUGCUUUCGUCAACAAGUUCCCGCUCGGACAGUCUUCCGUUACUAGCGACGUGGUCAAGACAGAUGGAAAGUUCACUUGGUGGGCUAAUCAACGGAUCGGCUGGACAGCCGUAACACUGGCGUAGGCGUGAUAUAUAGGCGACUGAUAGAUGAAUCGCUGGUCUUGGUGCUCAAGUCAAAUUAGCUCGUUACCUUAUAUAAGCUAGUAGUAAUAUUAAUA